AUGGCACUGAGCCCAGAGCCAUCGAGCAGGUUCCCGGUGCCGGCUACGAUGGGCAGCGCCAUGCCUGAGCUGCCUGGUGCCCCCAAUGCGUCCUUCAACAGCUCGUUGGCCAGCCCAACGGAGCCCAACUCCCUGGAGGACCUGGUGGCCACGGGCACCAUCGGGGUGGUGCUCUCAGCCAUGGGCGUAGUGGGCAUGGCAGGCAAUGUGUACACACUGACGGUCAUGUGCCGCUUCCUGCACGCCUCGGCCUCCAUGUACGUCUACGUCAUCAACCUGGCGCUGGCGGACCUCCUCUACCUGCUCAGCAUCCCCUUCAUUGUAGCUACUUACGUCACCAAGAGGUGGAACUUCGGCGACGUGGGCUGCCGCAUCCUCUUCAGCCUGGACUUCCUGACCAUGCACGCCAGCAUCUUCACCCUGACCCUCAUGAGCAGGGAGCGCUACGCCGCCGUGGUGAGGCCACUGGACAUGGUGCAGCGUUCCAAGGGCUACCGCAAGGUCCUGGCGCUGGGCACGUGGCUGCUGGCACUGCUGCUGGCACUGCCCAUGAUGCUGGCCAUCCGGCUGGUCCGCAGGGGCCACAAGAGCCUCUGCCUGCCGGCCUGGGGCCAGCGCACCCACCGCGCCUAUCUGACGCUGCUCUUCGGGACCAGCAUCGUGGGGCCCGGCGUGGUCAUCGGGCUGCUCUAUGUCCGCCUGGCCCGGGCCUACUGGCUAUCGCAGCGGGCCUCCUUCACGCAAACGCGGCGGCUGCCCAACCCCAGGGUGCUCUAUCUUAUCCUGGGCAUCGUGCUGCUCUACUGGGCCUGCUUCCUGCCCUUCUGGCUGUGGCAGCUCCUUGCCCAAUACCGCGGGGCCCCGCCGCUCGCUCCCCGCUCCGCCCGCAUCGUCAACUACCUGACCACCUGCCUCACCUAUGGCAACAGCUGUGUGAACCCCUUCCUCUACACGCUGCUCACCAAGAACUAUCGUGACUACCGCCAACGCUCGCUCCACAGCAGGGGCACCGGUGGGCCUGUGGGCGUCCGCAGCCUCCCGCAGGGCCACACCCGCUGCCAGCGCGGCUCGGGUCGCUCCGUGUCCUCCAGCAGCCAGCAGGCCACUGAGACCAUCGCGCUGUCCCAGGCAGCCCGUGGGAGUCUCUGCGUCUGA